UUGCAAGCGUUAUAAACAUUAUGCGUAUUCUAAUGUGUGACUUUGAUUAUAUAUCAAUGCAUGAAGUACAACCCAUACUAGCUCCUAUAUACUUUAUCGCAGCUAUUGUAACCAUAUAUGGGAUUUUAAUAAAUCUAUUUGUGGCAAUAUUCCUAUCCACGUAUUCAGAGGUGAAGAGUAGUAUUUAUGUAAGGGAUACAGAAGUGUUUGAAAUGCUCAUGAAGGGUUUCAGAAAUUACUUUUGCUUUGGCAGAAAUGAAUCUGAAUUGGAAGACAAAAUGUAUAUCGAUAAAUUGAUAACAAAAGAUGAAAGACCCGAACCAAAUCAGACAUAUGAAACUCAACCAAAUGUGGAACCAAUGCGGGAUCUAAGAGAAGAACUGGCACAGCUAACGGAACGUAUUUUUCAAAUAGAACAUGUCUUGGAGAGAUUUGUUGGCACUAUUGAGUUGAUCUCUAAACUCCAAGAGAAGAAGCCAAAACGACGCCAACAAAAACAACAACAACAAAAGGGAAGCCCAGCCUCGACCUAGUGGCAUUUUCUUAGAUGAACACGGGGUAAACAAGGAGCAACAUGUCGGCCUCAGAGCCUCAGAGAUAAAGAGCGCAAAACGAAAAAUAAGUCAAGGGGAAAAAACGCAGGUUAAUGGAUUUCUCUUGUGAUAUUUGACUUGAGACAGAGGGACGCUGACCCAACCACAAUUCGGACCACUUUUAUGCUUCUCUAUAUAUACCGUAUUUUUAACCUUUA